AUGGUUCGCGUCGGAGCAGUCCAAGCAGAGCCCGUCUGGCUUGACCUCGAUGGAAGUGUCGAUAAGACUAUAUCACUGAUUAAGGAUGCUAGUACAACCGGGGUACAGGUCCUUGGGUUCCCCGAAGUCUGGAUUCCGGGUUAUCCAUGGUCCAUGUGGACCUCCAGUGUCAUUGAGAAUACGCACAUCAUUCAUGACUAUAUGGCCAAUUCUAUGGCGCGGGAUUCACCCCAGAUGAGGCGUAUCCAGGCUGCUGUCAAGGAAGCAGGGAUGUUUGUGGUCCUCGGAUAUAGUGAAAGGGACGGGGCAAGUCUGUACAUGGCACAAUCGUUCAUCUCGCCCGAAGGGGAGAUUGUCCAUCAUCGUCGCAAGAUCAAGCCAACCCAUAUAGAGCGUACGAUUUGGGGGGAGGGACAGGCCGAAUCCCUCAAGUGCGUAGUACCGUCGCAAUUCGGCAAGAUCGGAGCAUUGAAUUGCUGGGAGCACCUACAGCCACUGCUUCGAUACUAUGAGUACUCGCAGGGAGUACAGAUCCACGUGGCGAGUUGGCCGCCGGAAUUUGAGAUGCCAGAUCCCAAGAAGAUUGCUUGGCUCUACCACGAGACUGGAGAGGCGAGCUACCGAGCGUCGCAGUUCAUGGCAAUCGAAGGCCAGUGCUUCGUUUUGGUCGCGUCGCAAAUCCUCACAGAGAAGAGCCUGGAGAAAACCAAUCUCGUUGGUAACCCUGUUACCAAAACUCCUGGCGGUGGUUUCUCAAUGAUAUUCGGACCUGAUGGGAAGCCUUUGUGUUCACCAAUAGGUGAUGGCGAGGAGGGAAUCUUGACUGCCGAUGUGAACCUGCGCGACAUUGAUUACCCGAAGGCGUUCAUCGACGUGGUUGGGCAUUAUGCCCGACCAGACUUGCUGAGUCUUCUGGUAAACCCAACAGUGGACAAACAUGUGACAGAGAUGAAGAAAUGA